CCAUGGUCCACGGCCCCUUAACUUAACCCAGUCCUUCGUGUAAAAGUAAAACUCCUCUAUUUUGACGAGUUCCCCAGAUUCUCAAAAACUCCACUUUUGCACCUACUCCGUCUCAUGGCUAUCCCGAGUCCUCCCAAACUCCAGAUUUCCUCUUCUUCUCUCUAUUUCCAACCUUUUCGGCACCAAAUUUCCUUCCAUUUCCUGCAAAAAACCCCUCGUGGAAUCACUAGACAUUUCCAUUUAGAACGCCUUCAGCGUCUCCUCCAUCUGCCCAGAGCUCUUCGUGAAUGGCAAGACUACGAAGAGGCAGUGAAGCGCAAGGACCUCGCAGAAGCUCUUAGGUUUCUCGAGUCCUUUGACAGAGAUAGCGCAAUCGAACCCGUUAAUGAUUCAGCCGCUGCUGAUUCAGCUCCGUCCGCUCUUCGAAAUCCACGGUUGUCUGGCUGGGAGCGGGACUGGGAGGUACUCGACACUUGUUUGAAUGCGGAUGAUAUGAAGCUUGUUGCCAAUGCUUAUGGGUUUCUCAGGGAUAGAGGAUUUUUGCCCAAUUUUGGAAAAUGCAGGAACAUUGUUUUGGAGGGUCGAAGAGACGUCACACCAUCUGUGUUGGAAUCUUCGACUGGAUUACAAGUGACCAAGUUGUCUCCAAAGAAGUGGGGUCUUUCAGGCAGCUCUAGUUACGCUUUGAUUGCCUUUCUUGGUGGAACAUCAUUUCUGCUCUCACGGGACAUUGAUAUUAGGCCGAACCUUUUGGCACUGCUGGGGCUUGCAUUUUUGGACUCUAUCCUCCUUGGUGGUACGUGUCUAGCGCAAAUCUCUAGCUAUUGGCCACCAUAUAGGCGUCGAAUCCUUGUACAUGAAGCUGGACAUCUACUGACUGCUUAUCUCAUGGGUUGCCCAAUUCGUGGAGUUAUUUUGGAUCCAAUUGUUGCCAUGCAAAUGGGGAUACAGGGACAGGCAGGUACCCAGUUUUGGGAUGAAAAAAUGGCAAGCAACCUUGCUGAAGGACGUUUGGAUGGUACUUCUUUUGACAGGUACUGCAUGAUCCUUUUUGCGGGCAUUGCAGCUGAAGCUCUUGUUUACGGUGAAGCAGAGGGUGGAGAGAAUGAUGAAAAUUUGUUUAGAAGUAUCUGCAUUCUUUUGCAACCGCCACUAUCUGUUGCGCAGAUGUCAAAUCAAGCAAGGUGGGCUGUUCUACAAUCUUACAAUCUGCUGAAGUGGCACAAACAUGCACACCAAGUUGCCGUUAAAGCUUUGGAAAGUGGAAGCAGUCUCAGUGUUGUAAUUAGGAAAAUCGAGGAUGCUUUGUCAACCAAUGGAUGAAAAGUGGAAACAACAACAUAUGCGUUUCAUUUCUCUUCACGUCCCUGUGGAAGGUAAUUACUCGGAUGCAGGGGUAGCAGUCUUACUGAUUAAUAAGCGGGGUAAUAAUAUAUCAGUUCGAGAGUCACAGUCUCUUCCUUCAAUCAUGUCGGCUACCUGCUUAUUGGCCAGUUCUUUCGAGGAUAUGUGUGUUCAAUGCCCACGUUUUGAAUCUUAGGAAAAAGUGACACUGGCUGGAAGGUAGAGCAUUAAAGGAGUUAAUCAUGAAACUUGACUCAGAUUAGACUUUUGUUGUGUAUAACCUUCACUUCUCUGCUGCACCGCAGUUUCAAAUUUCCGAAACUUUCCUUGCCUGAAAUCUUUUCCUGGCAGUUCUCUACACUGCCCAUAUAUAGAAUAGAGUGAGUGAGUUACACACAAAAGGCCAACCUUGCCCAUCUAUCGUCUAUUCCAUGUACUUAAUUUGGUUGAAGACUUUGUAUAUAUGGCAGAAUUCCUCCUGUAAGCCACCGGUUUACCUGGCUUUGUAUUGCAGAAAUGACAUCAUAAUGCAUUUUUGCUGUGUUA